AUGAAACCCAAACUCUCCCGCAUCCUCCACCUAACCGCCUUCACCUUCCUAUCCAUCGUCCUCCUCUGCCUAAUCCUCCUCACCCCCUCCGACGCAAUCUACCAAUGCUACGUCACCCAACGCCUAAUCAACAUCUUUUUCAUCGCCGGCGCUUACAUUGUGACCUUUCUAUUGGCGGUUCUCAUCUACGCGACUCGCAUAUACACAAAUCGCAGCGUGUUAACGGGUAUUCCCAAGGCAUGGAUACCAGUUGAAAAAGAGGAUGUCGGGGGCAGUGUAAGAAGACUUGUGAUGGAGGGAUUAGCGAGGAGCGCAGUUAUAGCAUACCAGGCUAGACCUAGGGACGUCGCUGUGGAGGAACAAACCCAGACGCAGACGCAGAGCCAGCAGGUACAAGCACAGCAAGAGCAGGGACUCGUUGUGAACCGCGACCGGCCGCCGUGGGGCCAUAUCGAGCAUCCGGGGUGGUCGUCGCCGGAGUCGCGGGAUUUGCCUGAUCUGCCGUAUCGCACUGUUAUACAGGAGCUGCCGCAUUUGAUCGAGGCGAAGGCUGUUUCGCUUGCGCCGCCGGAUCCGGUGUUUACGGCUACGAGUUAUAGUCCCCAGGGAGGGGGGCAGGGGCAGGAGCAUGCGAUCCCGGAUACGCGGGUGGUGGAGAUUUUACAGCGGCGCACGUCGAUGGGGGUAAGGGACUAUAUACAGCGGUUGACUGCGAUGGAGGUUAUACGGCCGCCGGAGGUUGGGGCGGAGUUUGUUGUGCUGUAUGAGCGGGCGCGGUUCUCGGCACAUGAGCUGUUUGAGAGUGAAUUUCGGGAGUUGAUGCAUGUGUUUGCGGAGAUGUUGAGGGGGAUGAAGGGCCUUGGGCCGGAGAAGAUUAUGAAGUUGGAGGCGGAUUAUUUUGAUGGCAGCGGUAGUGAUGAGAGGAGUAUCAUGACCUCCAGUGGAUCACUUAUUGGGCCUUCUGAUGAAGAUGGGGAGACGGAUACGAUGGAUUAUUCUCAGGACGACGAUGGCAGUUUGCGGCUGCGACAUUCGUCGUCUGGGUAUGGGUCCUCGCGCGAGGAUUACCAUUCUAACUAUGCUACGCCACGGAGUCGCAUGUCUGCUGCCCCUUUUCAUAAUCAGGCCUGGUAUGAACGUCCUUCAUCUCGGAGAAUGCUUGCACCGCGCGCGCCGUCGAUGCAACCACUGCGUCGAGUUCGGUCGAAUAUUUCGGGAAGUUCAGGAGGGAGUGUGAUUCGGUUAGCGGAUCGGGGAGAUAUACCCUAUACUUUUGAUACCAGUAAUGUUUAA